CACACACUUUGGUUCAUAUAAUAUUCCUUUAGAAUAAACAUAAAAUAUAAUAAAAUGAAAAAUUAUAUAUAUUAAAAACGGUGAGAUGUGAAUUCCCCAAAAAAGAGUUCUUCUCUCUCAUUCCGAUCGAUAAUCUUUUGCACUCAGAACCACCGAUCUAGGGUUCUUCUCUUCAAUAUUCUCUAUUUAGCUACAUCAGUUAAAAAAAAGCGAGAUUUCAAAAGUGAUGCUAUAGUUGCAACAUAUUACUUGGUGAGAACAUAUACAUUUACAUGGCAGAUGGUAUAUCAAGCUUUUGGGGGCCGGUCACAUCGUCCCAUGAAUGGUGUGAGAAGAACUAUGUGGUUUCUUCAUACGUUGCUGAGUUUUAUAACACCAUCUCAACGAUCCCGUGCAUUCUUUUGGCACUCAUUGGCCUUCUAAGCUCGUUGAUACAACGUUUCGAGAAGAGAUUUAGCGUCCUACACUUAUCGAAUAUGGCACUUGCUAUUGGUAGCAUGAUGUAUCAUUCCACACUACAACAUGUCCAACAGCAAAGUGACGAAACGCCAAUGGUAUGGGAAAUGCUUCUAUACAUCUACAUCCUCUAUUCGCCUGAUUGGCACUACCGUAGCACCAUGCCCACAUUCCUCUUCCUGUACGGUAUCUCUUUUGCCGUCCUCCAUUCUGUGACCCGUUUCGAUAUCGGGUUCAAAGUUCAUUACGUGAUGCUAUGCCUCUUGUGCGUUCCUCGGGUGUACAAGUAUUACAUAUACACACAAGAUAUACCCGCAAAACGGCUCGCAAAGUUCUAUCUUGCGACCCUUGUGCUCGGUAGUUUGUGUUGGCUGGUUGACCGUUUCGGCUGCAGCCAGAUUUCCAGCUGGCCCAUCAACCCACAAGGUCACGCGUUGUGGCAUGUCUUAAUGGGCUUUAAUUCUUACUUUGCAAACACCUUUUUGAUGUUCUGCCGAGCCCAACAACGAGAGUGGAGCCCAAAAGUCGUUUAUGUUAUGGGGAUCCUUCCCUAUGUGAAGAUCCAGAAACCGAAGACGCAGUAGAUGCGGGUCGAGGACUCGAGGUAGAUAAUGGCUUCAGGUAACAUCUGUUCUUUUUACUCAAGAGUUUUGUUUUCUUUAAUAUGGUUUUUGAAUUUGAAUUAUGAUUCGACAUGAUUAGGUUUUUUUUUUUCUUUUAACUUGUAGUUUGGUGUAACAUAUCCUAGUAUGGUUUUGUUUAGAAUUUUAUGAAACAAUUGAAGGAUUAUUCUUGUUUUUGUAUUUGGAGGUUCCUUUUGCUGGCAGAGACGAUUGUACUACCACGCAAAAACGGAAGGGGUAAUUUUAGUUUCGGAUCACAAUGUGUUUUGGCAAAAUGUGUGUGGGUUAAAACCUGCUUGAUAUAACAGUCUGUUAAUCGUCCCAACUCGAAUCGAAUUACAAUCAACCGGCUAAGAAUAAAAUUACAAACUGAUUCGAAUUA